AUAGCGAUCAACAUUGUUAAGCUUGGCACGUGCUCCAACAGAUCACAUCAUCGUACAAUGUGGUCGUAUUUAUCGCCCGAGUCGCAACUUAACGACGUAAUGUAAUUCACAUCACGCACCUAUUAUUAUAUCGCCGCACUGCACUCUGUUUGUAAACAUUGCAGUCUAGAGAUCACCACACGCUAUUCUGCAUUGAAAUGAUCAUCUCUGAUCGUCGCGCCGGCUUGCCAGCCAGCUGAUCACAACCUAUGACUAAUGGUCGGCUGUCCUCCCUCUGUUUCGUUUUUCUAAUUUUCAGUGUCGACAAUUUUGGCACUUAUCCCAACGAUCGCAGCCACCACCGUUAGCCAACAAGGAUUGAUGCGAAGAACCAAGUGUCUAAAUCGGGAUCGCAUACAGGUAUACGAUGGACACGACAAAACGUUACACCAACGACUGACGGCUUUGCGCAACGAGAUGCGUACUAGGGCGUCGACCCAGAGUACGGAACUUGAUGCGUAUCUGGUAACUUCGUACGAUGAGCACAUGUCUGAUCAUCUUAUGGAAUCGGACGAACGGUUGAAGUUCUUGACCGGGUUCACUGGGACUACGGGCGAGGCCGUCGUGACCACAAAGUCGGCCGCCCUGUGGGUUGAUGCCAGGUUCUAUGAACAAGCGGACUUUGAGCUGAACUGUGAUUGGCGAAUUUUCCGCAGCGGAGAACAUCCUACAAUUUCGGAAUGGGUUUUGACUGAACUGAGUCCAGAAAGUCGACUAGGAGCCGAUCCACAGCUGGUGCCGCAUUCUCUAUGGGUUAGCCUGGAACGACAGCUCAACUCGGACUACAUCAAACUGAUCAAGAUUCAUCGCAACUUGGUAGACUUAGUGUGGGGCUCUCGACGGCCAGCGCCGAAGCUCAACUCCAUCAAGGUACAACCGUUGCGGUUUGCCGGUGAACACUGGGAAGUCAAGGUUAACAAGCUACGGUCUAAUUUGACGGCCAUGAGGUGUGAUGCAAUGAUCGUUACGUCGUUGACAGAAGUUGCCUACAUCUUGAAUCUUCGGGGGAGUGAUAUUCCGUACACGCCAGUGUUCAAGGCAUACCUACUUGUAAGCAACCGGGAGAUCAUCCUGUACACGAACAACACUCGCAAGAACAUGGGUCUGCUGAACCACCUCAAGUCUCACAGUUGUCACAAUGAGUAUUGUGUGCAAAUCAAGGAAUACCAAGACGUACUGCGGGACUUGCGGACGCUAUCUCAACAUUGGAAGCGCGUCCUCGUGCCAUCAGCGGUGGUCUUCGAUAUGGGUGCAUCGGAAGCGAUACACUCAGUGCUGCCUAGAGAACUGGUACUGGACAGGCCUUCACCGAUCAUUUUUCUGCGUGCGCAGAAAAACGAGGUCGAACAACAGGGCAUGAUCAAGGCGCACAUCCGUGAUGGAGCGGCCAUGUGUGAAGUUCUGAGUUAUUUGGAAGAAAGGUUCAUAGCCGGCGAUCACUUCACGGAGCUUUCCCUUGCUCGAGAAGUCGAUCGUAGUCGCAAAAUCCAAGAUCUUUCGGAAGGGCCGUCCUUUAAAACGAUCGUGGCAUUCGGUGCGCAUAGUGCCAUCCCGCAUUAUACGCCCAGCAAUCGCACGGACUUUGAAAUCACCGAAUAUGGGACCCUCCUGAUAGAUUCCGGUGGCCAGUAUCAGGACGGUACGACUGACGUCAGCCGGACGAUUCAUCUGGGUGAACCUCAUCCUGAUCAGAUCCGAGCCUACACAAAUGUACUGAUCGGGAUGAUACGGUUGUCCGUUCUGACGUUUCCGGAAAAUCUCAAGCCAGCCGAGUUGGAUGCUCUGGCCAGGGGUCCCGUCUGGGGAGAAAUGAAUGACUAUCCGCACGGGACGGGCCAUGGUAUUGGGUCGUAUUCCUCCGUUCAUGAGUCUCCCAUCAGUGUAGCUUACACAACGAAGCAGCGAUACAGUUUCAAAGAUGGAUAUUUCUUUUCAAAUGAACCUGGAUACUACAAAAAGGGAGAAUUUGGAAUACGUUUGGAAAACGUUCUACAGGUUCAUGAUACUGGAAAAGUUCAUCCGUCAGGCAACAAAUUCCUCUCAUUUGAGGAUAUCACUUUGGUACCUUUCGAACCUAAAAUGAUCGAUCGCUCGCUUCUGAGCGCUCCUGAGAUCAAAUGGAUCAACGACUACAAUGCUCGCAUCCGGCAGCUCGUAGGAGACGAGCUGAAACGCAAACAAAAAAUGGAGGCCUUCUACUGGAUGAUGAACAAAACGCGAAACAUUCCCGAGUAUCGGUCCGAAGCGGACUACGGAGCUGCUGGAUCUGUUUCGCUGAACUUCCGAGUCGUUGCCCUAGUACUAGCGACAAUCAUAACUAACAUUCUGUUUCUUGGAUAGACCACCUAGCCCAACGCCAUGUAUGUAGUUCAAAGCGUUUAACCACCUGUGCAGCUCUCUGUGCUCUGUCCAACUAUGGGAAGCAAACGAGUAACCCAUACUCACUCACCCACUAUCUCUCUAUCAAUGUAGCUACUUUCUCCAUACUGUCUGCUCGUAGGAUAGGCAUAGAAUAUAAGGAAAGAAAACUGUUCAUUAACUUAUUUAUUAAUAUUGUAUAAUUGGAUGAUCGAUGUUAUAGUUACCGAUGCGCAAGCAAGUGAUAUUUUACAAAGCCACUGAAAUUCAUUAGAGAUUAAACGAAUACUAGUCCGAACACGAAA